AUGAUUUCUCCAAAGCUGCUGUGGUACAGAGCGCAAAAGCAACGAGAUCAGGGAGACACUGAUGAUGAUGAUGAUAAUAAUAAUAAUGUUUUGACUCAACAUGUCCAAUGGUUAUCCGCUUUAAGAACAGGUAUUUCUAGAAAUAAUAGGGAAACCUCCAUAACUACGAGUGAUAAAAAUAAUGACGAUAAAAAGAGCCAAAAUAAGUUAAUUAUACAUGCUGCACACAGUCGACGACUUUAUUUUCAUUACGCACGAGAACUUUCGCAGUUUUCUGAUGCGCAUGAUUAUUAUCGUCUAAUGAUGUGGUGCAAUGAUCAGCACGUUUUUAUUCAUCCAGCUGUACGUAUGCACAGACGUCCGUCUAUGUACCGUGAUCAUGUGUUCACUGUGUCUCGUGACAUUGAUAGACUUACUCCAUUGAUGGCUAUUCCAGAAUCUUUAGUCAUUGGAUUUAAAGACAUGAAUAAUCUAGAUGAUUCAGAAAAUAGUCUACGAGAUGAGAAGAAGGAGAAAGAAUUUAAUGAACUGAAUUCAGGUGAGCAAAGUGACGCAGAUGUGUGUCAAUUCUUCUUUGCAUCACUUGGUAUGAUUGUCUCUGAUCUUGUGACGGCUAAAAGUAGUCCACUCACGGAUCCACGAUGCGUCUUUGCAGAACUUCUUGGAAAAAUUCGUACGUUAAAAAAUGCACCAUAUUUUGAGGAUGAUGUGGUGUUAGACACAGAUUCUACUGGUUUGGCAGAUGUAUUACUGCAGAUGAUUCGCAAUUACAUCAAUGGUGGUCCUCUUGUAGGUAAAUUAGACCGUACAGAACUUCGUUGGGCAGUUAGUGUCUGUCUUUCACAUUCUACACCCUUGGUAAUUGCUUCAGCGCGCUCUAUUGGAGUAAUUCCACUCGUACAUUUAUUUCCACAUGGUGGAAAAGACACGAAUGCGUUUGUAGUUGCUCGAACUAACCGCACUGCCUCUGCAGAACGAAUUGCGGCGUAUUUUGAAAAACAUCAUGGUUAUGAUUUCAUGCAUGAUAAAGAAGGAAAAUGGAUCUACGUUGUACCAUCAGUACCUCUUCGUGCUGGAGAUGAAAUUCGUCUUCAGGCCAUGGCCCCAGUGUGUGGUAAAGACUCAGAAGCAGAAAAGAUGUGGCGACUCUCAUGUGCGGUUGCUCCAGAGGAAUAUAUGACAACUGCUGCAGUAUCGCAAAUGCAGAAACUCUUAACUCAAGAACUCAUGGAUAAAGGAGGCGAUAUCUUGGCAGAAGGUGUAUCUCAAUAA